UUGACGCCCACUGUGUGGAGAGGAGUAUGUGAGAGAGGGGAGGAGAGUCUCUCGAAGUGCAUCAGACACAGCUGUUUGGCUCACAGUGCAGGGAGCACAGGCUUACAAGUGACACUUGGAAGCUGGAUCUCGUGGGUCACAUUGGAAGAUGCUGAGAGGGAACCACCAGCUUGCUGUCCAAAGGAGGCUCGUCGUUAAUAGAGAUACAUAGACACAAAAAUAGGUUCCUUUUCAGGCUGGCAGCGAGAACAAGGGAUCUAAAGAAAACCAGAACAAAAAGUAUUAGCUGAACAAUCAAAAAGCAAUGUCGCUAUGAACGCUUGGUCUCCACAAUCCUGUAACUUUCAGUAAAGUCCUGAUGAUUCCAUUGAAGGCCGAUUAGAAAGAUACACAGGGCUUCACUGUCUGGGACAUUACUGAUGAGGCUAAUGUCAUCUGUGACGGACCAAUAGAUGAUCAUAAACUCAGUCCAGGAUGGAAAAUUUCCGCCGUAUCCGGACAACGGAUGAAGAGGAUGGAACGUGUCUACCGUUUAAAGAUCUUAGUCCAGAUGUGGUGCAGAUGAAAGUGAAAGAAGGCAGUAAGAUCAGAAAUCUUAUUGGCUAUGCAGUCGCCCACAUGGGGUGCAAAGGAGGUGGACAGAUCAUAUUCAGUGCCCAUGGUCGCGCAGUGACUAAAGCUGUGACCUGCGUAGAAAUACUUAAAAGACAAAUUGGGGGUCUCCAUCAGAUAACAAAGUUGCAAUAUAAGACACUACAAGAAGUCUGGGAACAGAAGGGUCCAGGGGUUCAGAAUCCAGCUCCAUGCCUUACUGUGCAAAAAAACCUCCCUUCCAUUUGUAUCCUUCUGUCUAAACUACCUCUCGAUCCCCAAGAGGAUGGUUAUCAGCCACCACAGUCCAUUGCACAUGCAGAAGUUGGGAAAAGAGAAUUUGUGGAUCAUGAAAAUCAUUUUAUAUCCAAGAAGAGCAAGCCACAGGACAGUACGGAAGUUAAUGGAUGAUAUUGACUUUAUAAAAUUGUUUCUGCAAUACGACCUAAAGCAAAGCCAGAACAUUAUACUCUGUACAACAUAUAAAUCAAACAAUAUGACAAAUUAUUCUAUGAAAAGAGAUUUAGAUCUGCAUAAAAUAUAGAUCUUCAGAUAUUUAUUUAUGCCCAGAAGUGACGUCCUUAAUGACAUCAAGCGUACAUUCUGAUGGAUGGGAUUUUCUGGGGUUCCGUUUCCCAUUCUUUCCUUGGGGAACAUGACCAAAAUGUUAAUCGGGAUGAAUGCAAUGAUAAUUCUAUUGUUUUCCAGUAUGUCCUGAAGACCUUGAAUUGUCUUUACAUAAUAUUAAAGACCACAACGCACACCACAAAUGAGUUACAACCAUAUUAUUAUUAUGACGGACACAUUCUCUUUUGUUGGCGUGUGAUGUAUAAUUCUGCAUCUUAAAUAUCCCAUUAAAUCAAUGUAAAUGCUUAUACUGCAUUAUAUCUGCAUUGUGUCCCAUGUGCAUUCGUACUGCAUGGCGUGUCCGCCUGAUAUACUAAAUAAAUAGUAUGUAUUAGGCUUAUCACCGAGCGUUUGUGCUAGAUGCAACCUACCCGCCAGUUCUUGUCAGGCUGAUGAUAUCAUCUAGGCAUUUCUAAGGAAGACUAAACAUCACUAUUUAGAAGCUGAACUCAAUAAUUCACUGUAACACUACAGUCAUAUUGGAACUGACUUCUGGCAGCGCUUGUGUUUGUAAGAUACAUUUAUCUUGGCAAUCAUCUUCAAUUUUCUCAUCAUAUCUUUUUGGCAACACUUUCUUCCCUCUGUCCUAAAGCUCCGCUUGUACGAAAGGACACCGAAUCCAAGAUUAUUUUUUUUACUGUACUUAAAGGGAUGCAGCAAGGUGGAUAUUCCAUCCACAAUAUUUUAUGCCUGUUAUGGAUAAGGCUAUAAGAAAAUAUACAACAAUUUCAAAUUUAUAAUCAAAGAAAAAAUAUUUGAAUAAGAAGAAAUAAUAAUUUGUUCUGAUCCUCCAUCUUUUAUGCCCACUUCAAACAGGAUAGAGAAUUUUCAGCCACUCCCUGGAUUCUCUAUGAAUCUAGUAAAACAAAUACUACACACACAUGUGGGUUUGUGAAGUGUCACGUAUGUCUGUGCUGUGCAGAAGACUGUAUAGCGUUUUAAUAGAACCUUAUCUUGAACAAUGGUCCUGGUCAGUCCGGAUCAGUGUCAGAACAACAGAUUUCACAGGAGGUGCAUCUGACACAUGUCCAGUUAAAAAUGCUUCCAAUGUCCUUAGUUUGACUAUUUCUGGUGGUCUUGGCUAAGUAGCACGAUGGACGCUCCAUUAAUUAUAACAAUUAUUAUUGUAUUAUUAGCUAUUUGGGUGUUAGAGACAAUUCUGGUUACAUAUAGACAUCACUUCUCAGGCAAAGUUCUGAAAUGGGAACACUCGGCAAGAACAUUCCAUUGGUUGUCAAGAUGAUUACUUCCCAAUGUUGCUUUGUAAAAAUAAACCCCACUAUAUAAAACACAACUCUUAGGCCUGGUAAAAUAUAUUAUUUCUUUAUUGUACUACAAAUCCCAGAAAUCUCCACCAUCUACAGACACAGCGAAUGGUUGACGGAGAUUCAUUGGAGGUCUCCAUGACUUCCUAUUGUGUAGGGUUCUAGCCUCUUUCCACCAAGGAAAUAUCACGUGCCAGAGGUUAAUUAUUCAAUCGUGAGUCUUUUUGCAGCCCGCUCUUAUACCAAGGUCCCUGAAAUGGAUUAAGUAGCAGGUAAUUACACACAAGGACAUCAAUGAUUUCAAAACGCGAAGAGGAUGGGCAAAGCUCUCUUUAAGUGCUUUAGGUUCAUGAGUGGGUAUUCAAGACAAUCAUUAUGUGAAAAGCAGAGACGUAGCAAGCUGUACAUCAUUCUCCAGAUCAAGAGUACCACUUGAUUAGUGUGAAAGCAGAAAUAAAUGGCUACGUUCCAUUAAUUGACCCUAAAUACUUGAAC